AUCUAAUGGCGGGAUUCGCGAUGUUUACAUUCUGACAACCAUGGAUUUCAACAGCAACAACAUAUACGUGUGUGUGUGUGUGUGUCAGGUAGAUAGGAGGAGAAGUAUGGCGUACCUGUCGUUAGAGGCUGAGGAGGAAUACUGCACUGUGGGGGAAAGCAUGGACUUCUUUCUAAAUUGGGAAAAGGCAUCGUUAAAAUUGGUUACUGAGCAUAUGUUAGAGACACGUCUGUCCUUGAUGGAAAGAUGGUGUUGUGGUUGCAACUGUUUGGUAAAGUAAGAAAGAUUUGUGAAAUCUUUCUUUGUUGUCACUUUCCUUCUUUAACUUGGCUCCUGUAUAAAAUAGCCUCGCCGUCUCCUUUAAAACAAACGAACCCAAAAAGGCGAGCCAAAAGAAAAUCUUAUAAAAACUUUCUACCUAGUAGGCAGUCUUCAUACGGAUUCCCAUAACUGAAGAUGGUUUGACUCGGACUCAGCCACCCACACAACUUCUUUAAAUUCUGGCCCAACCCUUUGAACUCUUCACUCUCCAUCACCUCUUCUCUUUCUGUUUGUUCUGCCUUCCACUUUCAACUCUAAAAUGAGUUUCCCAAAACUCGUCUCUUUCAGAGAACACAACAAUUUAUUCAUCAGAGGCUUCAUGAUCUUGUUCCUUAGUUGUAUAGCCAUUAGGCUUAACUUCUGCAUUUCCAGCAUCAUACCUUCUUCCUUAAGAACACUUCCCCUUGAAGGACAUCUAAAUUUUGAUGAUGUCAGCCAUGCAGCCCGGGACUUUGGCAACAGGUAUGAACAUCAUCCGAUGGCAGUGCUGCACCCAAAAUCAGUUUCUGAUAUUGCAGCCACUAUCAAGCAUAUCUGGCAGAUGGGUCCCCGAUCACAUCUAACGAUUGCAGCUAGAGGCCAUGGUCACUCCCUCCAGGGCCAGGCACAAGCUCACGGGGGAGUUGUGAUCAACAUGGAAUCUAUCAAGACCCCUGAAAUGCAGGUAUAUACUGGAAAUCAUCCGUAUGUGGACGUCUCCGGAGGCGAGCUGUGGGUAAACAUCCUGCAUGAAAGCCUAAGAUAUGGGCUAGCACCAAAGUCAUGGACAGACUACCUGCACCUGACCGUUGGAGGCACUCUGUCCAACGCUGGAAUCAGUGGGCAGGCAUUUCGUCAUGGUCCCCAGAUAAGUAAUGUUCAGCAGCUGGAGAUUGUAACAGGAAAAGGAGAGGUGUUAAACUGUUCUACGGAGCAGAAUGGCGAACUCUUCCACAGUGUACUUGGAGGCCUUGGUCAGUUCGGCAUAAUAACACGGGCAAGAAUUUCAUUGGAACCAGCGCCCACCAUGGUUAAAUGGAUCAGAGUUCUAUAUGCAGAUUUCAAGGCGUUUGCGAAAGACCAAGAGCUAUUAAUAUCUGCAGAAGACGCAUUUGAUUACAUUGAAGGAUUUGUCAUAAUUAAUAGAACUGGUCUGCUAAACAACUGGAGAUCAUCCUUCAACCCACACGACCCAGUUCAAGCCAGUAAGUUCAAAUCAGAUGGAAGAACUCUCUUCUGCCUAGAAUUAGCCAAAUACUUCGACCCAGACGACAAUGAUGAGGCAAAUCAGGACGUCGAGAAGCAUUUGUUCCACUUGAACUAUAUCCCAUCAACACUUUUUCUAACAGAAGUCACAUAUGUAGAUUUCUUAGACAGAGUUCACGUCUCUGAGGUCAAAUUGCGGUCAAAAGGCUUGUGGGAUGUUCCACACCCAUGGCUCAAUCUUUUUAUACCCAGAAGCCAAAUACACAACUUUGCAGAAGUUGUCUUUGGAAAUAUUCUGACAGAAACAAGCAAUGGCCCGGUCCUCAUCUACCCAGUAAAUACAUCAAAGUGGGACAAUAGAACUUCCGUCGUCAUUCCAGAGGAAGAUAUUUUCUACCUGGUAGCUUUUCUCACCUCUGCAGUCCCCUCUUCCAGUGGAACUGACGGCCUAGAACACGUUUUAAAUCAGAAUAAAAGAAUUUUAGAAUACUGUGAAAAAACCCUCACUGGGGUAAAACAAUAUCUUCCCCACUACACUACACAAGAAGAAUGGAGGGACCACUUUGGUCCCAAGUGGGAGCUUUUUCUGAAGAGAAAAUCUGUUUUUGACCCAUUGGCAAUACUUGCUCCUGGCCAGCGAAUAUUUCAGAAAGCAACAGCAUUCUCAUGACGACAGCCACAUUUUAUUAAAUAUGAUAAAGAAGAGGCCCUUAUACCAUAUUCGAAAUAUGUCAUUAGCUAAGAGUUAAAGGUCUGGUCAAUAUUUGGUCAACAGAAGGGAUCAAAUAUUUCAGACAUGAAUUAUUAGAUUGCCAAAGCAUCCAUAGACAUUAUCAUCACUAGACUGAAUGUAAAUAUUAAGUUUGUAUACAUAUCUGCCCUUGUAUAUUAUUCAAUGGAGUAAGUUAAGAGCAAGAAACAGAACCCAAUAUGUAUAUGGGAAUAUCUACAUCAAUCAGGUAAAAAAAAUCUAUCUUAUAACACGUCAGCAGAUAACAGAGAUAAUUAACGUACUAUAAAAUUAUACAACUCUCCAUUAAAAUGGUGAAAUGAUAUCAGUCUAUUUACCUACUGCAAUUCAUAACCGCCUUAUAGUGACAAUGCAUUAGAACAAUAUAACAAUAAUACCUGUCAACUUAUCACUGGGACAAAUGUGGCAAAAGUGGCUUACACAAAAGUUGCAGAAAAUUCAAAAAAAGAAAUUGGGGAACUUUGACAACUGUAGCACGGAUGAAAUAAUAGAACCAUAAUUUACUUUCCAACAGAAAGUAACCAAAUAAAAUGGGAUAAUAGUAACAAAUCUUUCUUGUUUUCUACCUUUAUUAUAUCCAUAAUAUAUUUUUUUCCAGAACAAGAACAUUGAAGACAAAUUUUUCACGCUGCACACAGCUCAGCAACUGCAAGUCUUUUUUCAAUUUUUAGUUUCGCUAAUCUUCUCACAUACUUUUUAUCUUUUUAUGCAACAUCUUUAUGUUACUAAGUUCAUAGAUAUAACUUUGUAAAAGGUAAGAAUGGUUUAGAGCAGUUAUAAAAACUUCUAAGUUUGGAUAUGCAUGUUUAUUUGAUAGAAUAAUGUGAUCCAUAUAGCCACUCCAGUAGGUGGGAUAAAUCUUGUUGCUACUGCUGUUGUUAUUGGGAAAUUUAUGUUUAUGCUUUAUAUUUAUAAUAAUUUUAGAAAGUAAAAAAAUACAAACACAUUGACUAGCUAUAAUCUGACUUUCUGAUUUUCAUGGUGAGAAGAGAAGACUUGAGAGAAAGUUUCCAAAGUCAUAUUAACAAAGAUACAUUGGAAGACGUGGAAAAUUGUAUAUGGUUUUUCAAGUAAAAUAAAGGGCCAAAAGUUUCAACUGCCAAUAGCUCAUUUACUUUCUCAAUUUUAGGUUAACUAUCAAGCUGUUCACGUUCAUGCCAUAGAAGUCCAGGGAAAUAUUUUACUUUCAGUGGGGUAUAUCUUAUCCUUCUUUUGUUAUUACUUUAUAUUUGGACAGUAUCACCAUUCACACAAAAAACAUCAACACCCAAAGGAAACUGAAAGAGCAGCAAUAUGCUACUGUCCAAGAGAUUCCAGCUUUCGCAAUAGAAAUAGAGGGGGAGAAGGUGUUACAGUAGCUUCUAGACCAUUUCCAUCAAUCAGUGCCAUACAUAUCACUUAAUGAAUAUGGCAACACACACAUGACCACAUUUGCUACUCUAUCACACUUUGAUUCUGAAGACUCGCUUCCAGAUUCUGCUCAAAAUACCUCUCAACAAGCACAUAGUAAAGUACAGCACCAACUUUCACAUGGGGUGAGACCAGAAUGCAUCCCUUCAGAUGAUUCCUUCUGAUUUGAAAUCACUCGACAAACAUUACAGAUAGGUGGCUGUCAUACUAAAAAGGGGACUACGAUAGAUAAGAUAUGCAAGUAGAUUAUGUUGAAAUUAAAUAAAACACAUAUAAUUUAUGGAAGUUAUGAAGUUCUAUCAUCUCUCACUUGUCUACUC